CAGUUACCUCCCGACCGCCGUCCCGUCCGCCACGCCGCCUGGUAGCGGCGACCAACGGCAACACCGUCCGCCGGCUGCCGCCAGCUGUCCGCAGUCCGCAGCGUUUCGAAUUUUGAAGCAGAAAGUGACGCGAUGGCGGCGAGUCCGGUGAAGGCACCCCCCGCGACGUUAGAAUUUUUCGAUUUAGAUAAUGUGAAGCUCAACGGUUCAAACUUCUGGGCAUCUGCUCACGUACCAUUGAGAAAUGGUAGCGUACAAUCACAGUCGGACGAAGAGGAGGAUGCCGGCCAGAAAACCGUUGAACUUCGCCGGAAGUUCCACACUGGCCGGUACCUGAAUAUCCGGCAAAUUCCCAGAGAUGUCACCGAAAAGGAGCUGCAGGCGGCGUUCCGGCCGAAGUUGGAGCUGACCAACAUCCAGCUGCAGCCGGCCUCUCAGUCUGCCACGGCCCAGGUGCGGCGGCCCGAGCUGCUCGAGGAACCGGCGCGCUACACGGACGUGCGCCUGUCGAGCGGCGGCGGCCCGCUGACAGUCAGCCUGUCGGCCACGGACGGCCUGCUCUGCACGGCCCGGCUGCCGGCCGCCGUCACCGACGACGAGCUGCUCCGCACCGCCGAGAUGUUCGGACCCGUCCGGUUCGCGUUCGUACUGCGCUCAGAGGCGACAGGCGCCAGCAAGGGCUACGGCUUCGUGAUGUACGCCAGCAAGGAGUCGGCGUUCCACGCCAAGGGUCUGCUGGACGGCAAGGUGCUGUCGGGCUCGGCCAUCAUCUGCGACUGGGUGGACCCGACGCACACCACCAUCAGAUCUUUGCAUUCCAAGUGUUUGCACGUGGCGAAUCUGCCGGCCGGCUAUAAGAAUAUGGGCGAAUUUAGACAGCUAUUCUCUUGCGUACAAAACCCUCCUUACUGCCAAAUCGCGCUGAAGAACGGCUCGCCGCAAGACUGGGGUCUGGUCGAGUUCAUGUCGGCCGAUGUGGCCGAGAAGACCUGGCAGCAGAUGCAGGGCCACCAGCUGCGCGGCAGCCGGCUCCAGGUGCACUUCUGCAUGCCGGGCGUGCGCGCCAUCGACAUCUACAUGCGGCUGCUCAACGAGGCGGCGGCCCCGCGCGGCCGCUCGGCGCUGCUGCCCGACCCGCCGGCGCCCGCCGUCUACCAGCAGAUGAAGAACCUCAGCCAGCAGAACCCGGCGUUCGCGCAGAACCUGCAGAACAUCGUCACCUCGCAGAUCUCGGAGCUGCAGCAGGAGAUGGCGCAGAGCGGGUACGCGGCGCCGCCUCCGCCGCCAGUGGUGGUCAGCGCGGCGCCCACCCGGCCGCCCCCGCCGCCGCCCCCGCCACCGGCGCCGGCCGCCGCGCCGCCCGUCUCUCCGGCCAUGUUCGGCCAGCCGAUGGUGUUCCCGGCCAGUAUGGUGGGCCUGAUGCCGCCGCCGCCGCCGCCCGGCGCCCUCCGAGCCAUGGCUCCUCAGUACUACGUGCCCGGCCUGGCGGGCCUGCUGCCGGGCGGGUUCGCGCCCGGCCAGCUGCUGCCGCCGCCGGUCUCCGUGGCCAGCUCGCCGCUGCUGCUGCCGCCGCCGCCGCAGCUGAUGGCGCCGCCGCCGCCGCUGCCCGUCUCGGCCGCCGACCCGGUCAGUCAGAUGAGCGACGAGCUGCAGAACACCAUCUCCUCGCUGAUGAGCAAGGCGCAGGGCCUGAACCAGCUGCUGGCGCUUAUGAACGGCCAGAAGGCGGCGGCGGCGGCGGCCGGCUCGGUGCCCUCGCUGGCGCUGCCGCCCACGCCGCCGGCAGAGGACUCGACUCAGUACGUGGGCUCGCUGCUGCAGGCGCUGCAGAACGCCCAGGCCAAGGCGGCCGUGUCGGCGGCGCCGCCGUCGUCGCCCGUGUUCUCGAUCGGCGGCUCGCCCGUCACGCCACAGGGCCAGAAGCGCAAGUACCACCACCUGCUGCCCUCGCCCGAGCCGUCACCGGAGACCGACUUCAUCGGCCAGCACUCGCAGGGCCUGGGUGGACACUACGCCGAGACCUACCUCAAGCGGAAGCGGUACUGAUUGCGGCCGGGGCGGCCGCGCCCGGCCGACCCUUCGUGUCUCUGUCCGUCAGCCUGUUCGUGCCCAGUGUCCGUUUGUCCCCGCUCCUGUUGCGCUUGUCCGCGGCCGGCGCACUCUCCCCCAGGCCGGGCGCCGUCUUGAUUGGGUGCCUUGGUAAGAGGCUUUCAAGAGAUCAAUUUUAGUCUUCGUGCGCGCACGAGACGGCGAGUUUGAAACCCUGGCGAGUUCACUAUCAGGUGAUGUAGCUAGAGACCGGCCGUCUGGCUCGCGUCAGUCGGCCGUCUCACAAUUGUACAUAUUCGGGUUUUACAGCGCGACGCGGACAGUGCCGGAAGCCUUUUCGUGCGACCGGUCGCGACCUUUUCUGUGCAGUUUUGUUACGUAGCCGAAGGGCAUUUUUACUGGGCUCAGUUGUUCGAACUUUUGAGACGGCCGCCUGUUGACUGGCCGGUGUACAUGCAUGAUCUCAUCUGGCGCGGGGAAGGUGAGGGAAAUUUCUCAGAUUCCGAGGGCAUUGUUGUGCGCUGCCGCGGGCGCGCCGUUCAGAGGACCAAUCCGAGGCGUCUGUGAGGGCUCCGGCCGAGCCCCUGUUGUACAUAGCCAGCCGUCCAGUGCAGAGAGUGAGCCGGCCGGCGUCAGCAGCCGGCUCCAAUACACAUACUCAGCCCCGCC